AUGUAUUCGAUAGGUAAAGCGCCAUGGCUGACAGUAGAGACGUCAACAUUUGCCGAGGACUGGAAAAAAGUAUUGCAAAACCCGGUCCAUGCUGACGUCACAUUUCUGGUGGAGGGACAGCAGCAUUUAGACGCUCAUCGGGUGAUUCUGUGUGGGGCGUCAAAGAUGUUCAGGCAAAUAUUCUCGAGAAAACUGAAAGAAGAGAAUAACCAGCUGACAAAGUUUUCCCCGGGGAGCACGUUUACGUGGGAAGACAUUGCGUCUGGGAAAGUGGAAGGUCUGGCAGGCAUAUGGCAGGAAAAACAGGAGGGGAAUAAGGACAUUAUGAAAACUGUUAUAGAACUAAGUGCAGACAUCAAAGGGGCUGCGUUCGUACAAGUGCUGGAAUUUUUGUAUACAGGUGUGCCAGACCUUAAAGACGAUAUCUCGGACCAAGAACUGGAUGAAAUCACAAGGGUUGCUAAAAUAUUCCAACUCCCUCACCUGGAGACGAUAUGUAGAAAUAAGAAGAACGAGGAAGAGUUUUUGAACCCGAGUAUAGGGACAUUCUUAAAUGACCUGACCGGACAGAGCUUGAAAGAGCUGUUCCUCAAUCAGCCUGAGUGGGCCGACAUUGUGUUCAUAGUAGAAGGUCAAAAAGUGUAUGCCCAUCGUGUUGUCUUGUCGGCUCGCUGUGACGUGUUAUCUGCCAUGUUCAGCGGCCAUUUUAGUGAGGGUUCUUCCUGUAUGACAGAGGUACCGCUAUCUGACGUGACAUCGGAAUGUUUCCUUGCUUUCUUGGAAUACCUUUACACAGACCACGCCCCCAUAGAGGAUGGAGAUUCUGUCGGUAUCAUGGUCCUCGCGGACGAAUACUGCCAGCGUCGGUUGGUCAACCUGUGCGAGUUAUACAUAACAAAGGAAGUAGACAGGUCCUGCAGAGACAACAUAGAAAAAUCAGACAUUGACGUCAUAGGGUUACUGCUGACGUCACAGAUCCACAAUGCAGAGCAGCUUGCUAAUUGGUGCCUUCACUUUAUCUCCACGAACUAUCAGUGUUUUAAAAAUAGACCAGAGUUCCCUCUUCUUCAAGAGAAAAACUUGGAAUAUGUGGAAGAGAACCAAUGGCCCCCAGUAGAGUACCUAAACGAGCUUCGGGAGUAUGAGAAACUUACGGCCAAAAGCGAAGAAAAAUGUUCUAUCAUGUAAUGAUAAAACUGGAUUUUUAUAUUUAUUUGCACAUUUAGAAAGUGGGCGGGCAGAUUUUCCUAAACGUCUCAGUUGUGCCGAAACUGUAAUAUCUGUGACUUCAAAAUGUCAAUAGCACGUGCUGAUUUUUACUGGGCACAACGGAAACGGGACUAGUGAGUUUCUCACGUGGUAUAUUAACGCUUUGGUUGGCCGACUCCCACCACGUGACACUAUGGGUGCAUUCACAGAGAUUUAGAUCGAUCCAGAGAUUUAGAUUUAGAUCGACCUAACUCCCUGGGGGUUCACGCUAAA